UUCCAUUUCAGCCGACCAGUUAGAUAGAUGUCAGCGCUCCAGAAAGGAUCUCUGGCUGCAGGAACCUGAACAAACUUGGACAAAAAAGACACCACUGUCUUCAAAGUUCUGGUUCAACACUGAAGGAUGGAAGUGAUGAACUUCAACUGGACAUCAGAGGAAAACAGCUUUGAUAACAGCUUCAACAUCAGCCAGAGCAUGAACACCACUCAUAGAAACCAUAGUGAUAACAGUGGCUCUGAUAUAGUUGAACAAAUCGACACAUGGCUGGACCGGAUCAGCAUUGGCAUUGGACUUCCUUUGACUCUAAUAGUGAUAGUUGCAGUUUUUCUACAGGUGAAAAAGGAUCAGGGUGUCCCAGUCUACGUCAUCAACCUUCUCUUUUCUGAUCUCAUUCAGUUCUGCGGAAGAAUUGCAUUUAAUUUAGAUUGGUAUGAUAUCGGCCGUGGUUUCACAUAUUUUGGUUUGACGGCCAGUGUUGGAUUCAUGGUCUGUAUCUCCUUGGAAAGGUAUUUGGUCAUCGCCAAGCCACUGUGGUACAGAUUCAGGAGAAACAUCAAGACAUCUCUGAUGGUCUGCAUUGUGGUCUGGACUCUUUGCUUUCCAGUUCUGCUAUCUUUUAAUUUGGCUAUUGAUCGUAUUACUGUUAAUACAAUUACUUUCAUUGUCAUACCAUGUUUUCUCCUUCUGCCCUUUCCCUUCUUCGUCUUCUUCUUGGUUGGGACUAUUAAAGCUCUGUCUGGAGCCCUCAGUGUCCCAGAAGAAGAAAAAAGACGAAUUGUAGCCAUUCAGGUUGUGGUGCUGCUAAUUUACACUCUCCUUUUCCUGCCCAUCAUUAUUGAGCUCCUGUCAAAGAAAAUCGAAUUAAUUCCGUAUCUUCUGUUCAUAUUUUGUCUUUUUCUCAGUCCCCUUGCAGACACAACUCUGUAUUUGUUAACUCGGAAAAGCAUCCUGGAUACAUUUUUGGCCUUACUCUGUUCUUGUAAAGUAUCACACAAUCAGGAGAUGAGCAGCAAGGAUACUGAAAGACCAACUGCUCCAAAUACCAAGACUGUUUAGGGUUUAAUAUCUGGAGCCUCCACAACAAUCUACUGUUUAUGCUUUUUGGGUUGAUUAGCCAAUGUUAUAGCCAAUA